AUGGAUGUAAAAACCGAUACGGAGCUUGCCUUUCUCCUACUGGACAGCUUUGAGAAGGACAACUCUACCUCGACACCUCUCAAGCCCCACGGAAAGCGUCCCCCAUCCCCAUCAUCGCUGUCCAGCGUCACCAGGAGUUCCCAUGAGAAGGAUGAUGACGGUGACUUUGCUCAUAUACAGCAGCUUGAGGAAGACAUCUCCACUGAGGAAGCUGGUCAUCAGGAGGCAAGGAAGACACGGGAAAAACAAAAGGAGAGACACGGGAGGAGACUCUGGAAGAGGCACUGGAGAAACACGGGAGGAGACACGGGAGGAGACACGGGAGGAGACACGGGAGGAGACACGGGAGGAGACACGGGAGGAGACACGGGAGGAGACACGGGACGAGACACGGGACGAGACACGGGAGGAGACACGGGACGAGACACGGGACGAGACACGGGACGAGACACGGGACGAGACACGGGACGAGACACGGGACGAGACACGGGACGAGACACGGGACGAGACACGGGAGGAGACACGGGAGGAGACACAGGAGGAGGGACACAAUGUAGCAAGGACACUCGGGCCAACUCUGGCUUAGCCACGUCAGUGUCGGCUGAGCUCCGACUCGGCGGAAACAUUGUUAUUUUUGAAUGGGCCGAGGCAGACUUGCAAUAG